AUGCGCGUCCUCGCAUCGCCGCUGCUGCGCUUCGCCUCCCUCUCUCUCGCCUCCGCCGCACGCGCUCAAACCCACUGCCACGUCAGCAGCGCUCCCUUCAACCGCCUUGCAACCCUUGCGUGCCCCGCCGCGCGCCACUCAGCGAACGGACUUCCCGCCGCAUUCCCCGCCGGGUUCCGCGGCACUUCCAUCCUGGCGUCGUCGGCCUCGCCGCCGUCACCUCCUGCCAACGAAGCAGCGGCGCGCAAGCGAGCCAAGAUGGCGGCAGCAGGAGAUGCGGCGGUGAGCGCGGGGAACGGCGAGCAGGCGGGAGCCGCGCGGAAGCGCAUCGGGACGCACAACGGCACGUUCCACUGCGACGAGGCGAUGGGGUGCUUCCUGCUGCGCCGCACGCUCAAGUUCCGCGACGCGGAUGUGGUCCGCACCAGGGACGAAAAGGUGCGCGCCGCAGGGCGUAGAAGCGCAGCAAUGCCGUUUUCACCCUUGGUUCUCACUCGUACAUUACGCCCUCCCCGCCCCCUUUCCCCCUUCCCUCCCCGCUGUGCGCGCGCGUGCCGGGGGUCCGCGGGUGCUGGCGGAGCCGAACGGGUGCUAGCAGACUUGGACGCGGUGAUCGACAUGGGGGGCGUGUACGACCCCCUCCACCGACCGCUACGACCACCACCGACGCUAUCCCCUCCCCCUCCCCUCCCCCUUUCCCCCCCUUCCUCCUCCCCCUUCUCCCCCCUCACCCCCUCCCCCUCCCCAUGCUGCGUGUGUGCGGCGCAGGUGCUGGCGGAGUUGGACGCGGUGAUUGACGUGGGCGGGGUGUACGACGCCGCAACGGACCGCUACGACCACCACCAGCGCGGCUUCACGGAGGUGUUUGGCCAUGGCUUCUGCACCAAGCUCAGCAGCGCGGGGCUCGUGUACAAGGUGGGAUACUGGGGGGGAGGGGGGCGCUCGUGUGCAAGGGGGGAGGAGGGGGGGCUGAUUCUGGCUUCCGCACCACUCUCAGCAGCGCGGGACUCGUGUACAAGCGGCACGGAGAGGAGAGGUGGCGCAUCAUUGGUGCUUGCCUCGCCAUCCUCACGCCCGUGCUCACUCAUCUCCCUCGCCCCCUCUCCCCCUGUCCCUCCCCUCCCUGCCCUUCCCGCGCCACUCCUUUCCAUGUGGGGCGAGCAGCACUACGGGGAGGAGGUGGUGGCGGGGCUCAUGGGGCUGCCUCAGACACACGCGGACGUGCACAAGGUGUACCUCGCUGUCUACCGCUCCUUCAUGGAGUCACUGGACGCGAUAGACAACGGGGUGAACCAGUUUGAGUCGGAGCACCCACCGCGCUACGUGAACAACACGCACCUCUCAGCGCGCGUGGGGCGCUUCAACCCCGACUGGCUCGACGACGCCUCCCCCGCCGCCCAGGACGCCGCCUUCCAGAAAGCCAUGGCUCUCGCUGGGGAGGAGUUCGUGGAGGCAUGCUGCCAUUCCUUCCCGCUGAGAGGCAUGCUGCCAUUCCUUCCCGCUGAGAGGCAUGCUGCCAUUCCUUCCCCGUUCCUCGAACCUGCCACCUGUGCUCGCCGCUCGUCACUCCCUAAUCCCCUUCCCCUACCAUCUUUCUCCUGGUUCACACCCCACCCUACGCCUCACACCGCCCCACUGCACCACCCCAACACACCCCUUCAGGCGGCGGUGACAUACACGGCGCGCAGCUGGCUGGCCGUUUUGACGCGUCUCAAAACCGCAACCCCCACCCCUGUGCCCCAACCCCUGCCCCAACGUCCUGCCCCACCCCCCUGGCAGGCGGUGAGCUACACGGCGCGCAGCUGGCUGCCGGCGCGCAGCAUCGUGGAGGAGAGCAUCGCGGCUGCCGUGGCAGAGCAUGGCACGGCGGAGAUCAUCACGCUCAAACAGUUCUGCCCGUGGAAGGGGCAUUUGAGUGAGCUGGAAGGGGAGUUGAAGCUCAACCCUCUGCCCAAGUACAUGCUCUAUGAGGACGACCGGGCCAAGCAGUGGCGCGUGCAGGCCAUUUCAGUGGCGCCAGGCAGCUUUGAGAGCCGCUGCCCGCUGCCCCUGGACUGGAGGGGCCUGCGUGAUGAUGAGCUGUCGGAGCGGUCGGGCAUUCCACGGGGGGUGUUUGUGCACAUGAGUGGCUUCAUUGGUGGUAACCACACGUACGAGGGCGCCCUCGCCAUGGCCAAGGCUGGUCUGCCCGAAGGUGCUGCUGCUGAUGCUGCCAAGGCUGCCGAAGCUGCUGCUGCCACUGUUGCGUGA